GAAGCUGCGUCACCGAUGCACCGGAAGUAUCUGCAGUGGGAGUCCUCCGGUAUCCCAGCAUUCCGCGGCUCGCUGCCCCGCCCCCUCCGGUGGUGCGCGUGCGCGCUGCGGGCGGUAAGUGGUGCGCGUGCGUGCUGGUGCCACUGCUUGUCCUGCUGCUGGGUGUCCGCGCGCGCUAUGGCUGCUUCGAAGCCCGUGGAGCCGCAGGCCGGGGGGGCGCUGCCCCGGUGGCAGGUCGCGCUGCUGUUCGGGGCGCCGGUGGCGUUGGGGCUCGGCGCCGCGUACCUGUGGUACCGUAGGCGCGCGGGGGAGAAGCGCGCAGGGGAGCGGAAAACCCCGGAGGGCAGCGCGAGCCCCGUACAGGGCCCGCGAGCCGCCGCGCAGUCCGAGCACGAGGACACGAGCCCUCUGGAUCGGGCACAGGCUGCUAAAAACAAGGGCAACAAAUACUUCAAGGCUGGUAAAUACGAGCAGGCCAUUCAGUGUUACACCGAGGCAAUCAGCAUGUGUCCCAGAGAACAGAAGAGUGACCUGUCCACCUUCUACCAGAACCGAGCCGCAGCCUAUGAGCAGCAGGCGAAGUGGACAGAGGUGGUGCAGGACUGCUCUCAGGCGGUAGAGAUGAACCCUCGCUAUGUUAAAGCACUGUUUAGACGUGCCAAAGCCCUGGAACGACUGGACAACAAGAAGGAGUGUCUAGAAGAUGUGACUGCUGUAUGUAUUCUCGAGGCCUUUCAGAACCAGCAGAGCAUGCUGCUGGCAGACAAAGUUCUGAAACAGCUGGGGAAGGAGAAGGCCAAAGACAAAUACAAGAACCGGGAGCCGCUGAUGCCGUCUCCACAGUUCAUCAAGUCCUACUUCAGCUCCUUCACUGAUGACAUCAUCUCUCAGCCUCUUCAGAAGGGAGAGAAGAAGGACGAGGAUAAGGAUAAAGAGGGCGAGGCUGCUGAGGUCACAGGGAGCUCGGGCUACCUGAAGGCAAAGCAGUACAUGGAGGAGGAGAACUAUGAUAAGAUCAUUAGCGAAUGCACUAAAGAGGUUGAGUCGAGGGGGCGGUACACUGCAGAGGCCCUGCUGCUCAGAGCCACAUUCUACCUGCUGAUUGGAAACGCCACUGCGGCCCAGCCCGACCUGGACAAAGUCAUCAACAUGCAGGAUGCCAAUGUCAAGUUGCGGGCUAACGCUCUGAUAAAGCGUGGCAGUAUGUACAUGCAGCAGCAGCAGCCCCACCUCUCCACCCAGGACUUUAACAUGGCGGCUGAAAUCGACUCCCGUAACGCCGACGUGUACCACCACCGAGGACAGCUGAAGAUCCUGCUGGAUCAAGUAGAGGAGGCGGUGGCAGAUUUUGAUGAGUGUAUCUUGCUCAGGCCAGACUCCGCCCUUGCACAGGCACAGAAGUGCUUUGCUUUGUAUAGACAGGCCUACACUGGAAACAACCCGUCUCAGGUCCAGACAGCCAUGGACGGGUUUGAAGACGUGAUCAGGAGGUUUCCCAGGUGUGCAGAGGGAUAUGCUCUUUAUGCACAGGCUCUGACUGAUCAGCAGCAGUUCGGGAAAGCUGAUGAGAUGUAUGAUAAGUGUAUUGAAUUGGAGCCAGAUAAUGCCACGACAUACGUCCAUAAAGGUCUGCUGCAGCUCCAGUGGAAGCAGGAUUUAGACAUGGGUCUGGAUCUUAUUAGCAAGGCAAUCGAGAUUGACAACAAAUGUGACUUUGCCUAUGAAACUAUGGGAACCAUUGAAGUCCAAAGAGGAAACCUUGACAAGGCCAUCGACAUGUUCAACAAGGCUAUUAACCUGGCCAAGUCCGAGAUGGAGAUGGCCCACCUCUACUCUCUCUGUGAUGCUGCCUACGCCCAGACUGAGGUGGCCAGAAAGUACGGGCUCAAGCCCCCGACACUGUAACUCCGCCCUCUAAUCCCUGAAUCCUGAAUCCUUAGUCUUCUGCUCAGCCUGAGUACGCACAUCCCACAUCCGCUACAGUUUGAGUUCUUUUAUUUUCUGAAGAAUUCUAAGAUGUUAAUCCAUUAUCAGGAGGGAGGGGCAGAUCUGUGGGUGGGUGUGUGAGUGCCUGAUCUGUUGUUUACUAGUUCAUAUUAUUGAUUUAAAACUGGGAAUGUAUAGAUCAGUAUUCAUGUGAGAUGAAGAAAUUAAAGUUGUUUAGGUUGAUAUCAGGCAAAAACUGAGAUCAAAAUUGCUGAAGGCAUCAUAGUAUGGCUGGCCGAUAUGGUAAGAAAAACACAAUAGUGUUAAGGUAUUGUGAUAUUUAUAGAUAUUUUCACCAUGGACAAUAAUUAUCGUGGUACGCAUAAUUGCACUUAAAAUGGCACAGGGGUGAAAGAUUCUUAAAGUAUGGUAUCUAUUCACUGGGAGGUAUACUACUCAGAAGUAGCCUCUAAGAACAAGGGAAAUAUUAAUUGGUCAAAGUUGAGACAUUAUUAUACAUUACUAUAUUUUUAAUGCUUAAGAAUGUUGUUAAUCCUGUUAAUUAAUAAUGAAUUAAAAAAAAAUUAAAAUGUUGUAAUGAUUAAUAAUGCUAACUAUUGCCAAUAAAUAUUUAGUUAAGAUUUGAGUUUUAUGUCCUGUUAAUUAAUAUACCUUUAAUUAUAAAAUGUUACCCAGUAACGAAAUCCAUGAUGCGAUAACAAUUAUAUAAAAAUAUCACAAUACACCAAAACAUCAUAUCACCCACCCUCACUUCACAGCCUCAGAGUGAUGGGCUGUGGUUUAGCCCAUGGCCCGAUCUGGUUUGGCUUAUCCUCCUCAUUAAAGCAUGCGUACUGUAUCUGCGUAUUUCACUGCUUUGCUUCCUUCGUUAGUUAUGUGCCCUUUGUAAAUCUUAGUCUAAAUCUAAGUCUCAUCAUAAUUCCAAACUGUGUUAAAAUAAAAGUCCUAGAGUAAAUCGAAGUGAUGACUGGAUAGCUUUAAUAAUUGAUGGAGGUUAGUUUUGUUUUUUGUAUAUUUUUUUGUUUAUUUCUGUUUUUCUUUGUUUAUGGGGACACUAAAUUUUGUGCACGCUGUUUAAAAAUGGAGAAUGAAAAAUGUGAAAAAUUUCAGUUCAGUUUAUUUUUGUUUUCCUUUUUUGUUCUGUGAUGUUCCAGAUGUUCCGAUAUUCUCCUUAGCACAGAGUUCUGCCACCGUUAUAUAUAUAUAUAUAUAUAUAUAUAUAUAUAUAUAUAUAUAUAUAUAAUAAAUAUAUAUCUCGUAGGGUUUGAUUGUAGACGUUCUUUUACGGGACGUAACAGUGUGUUUGUCUGAAUGUGUGUAAGCUGUGUGUUAAAAGACGUCUGUCAGUGGGUUGUUUUUGCCAUUACUGACAUUUUAUUUCUAAACGGGGAACUAAUGUCACAUGACUUUAAAUUUGGGCCAUAAAGUGAAUUCAUUUUACUUGUCUGUUUUUGAUUAUAUUUUUCUUCAUUUUCCUUUUAUUCAUUAAUUUUGGGACUGUGGGAUUUUUUUUUUUAUAUUCUGUACAGCAUGAGUGAGAUUUCUCUUUAUAAAUAAAUGUUACGACUCUCCGCUGUAAUUUUGAUGUAGUGUUAUGGCAUUCAGCUAGUGUGAUGAUAUCUUUGAUUAUGAACGCCUUAAUAAUCAGUCUACUUUUGCGGUAAGUUUACAGUGCAUUCAAAACUUGGGACAGGAUGUUUUAUACUUUUAAUUAAUUCAUUAAAGUAGCAUCUCUUUUUUUCAUGUGUAUGUAUUUGCCACAAUGGGAAAGCAAGUACAACCAACCAAAGUUCAAUUUAAAUUAAAUACAUGCUCUAAAAUCAAACAAUACUAUGAACACAGCAAAAAAAUAUGCAAUAACCCUCUAGUCCUCUAGUUAAUGUACAGAAAUUCAGAAAUCAACACAGAAACCCGUUGCAUUCAUUGACAAAAAAAAUAACGUACAGAAAAGGGGAUAUUUGUAAUGUACUGGACUUUGUGUCAAUGAUAUAUUAGAGUGAUUACAAUAUUAUAGUGAAAGGAUGAGUGUAUUGGUGUAAACAAUACUGUAAUUGAAAGGAGGCGCUAGUUUAAACCCUGUUGGAGCUUCUAAUCUGGAUACAAAGUGAGAUGGAGAAUGUUGGGUAUGGAGUAUUACAGGUUCUGUAUGGAUCCUGCAGCACAUUUACCCACAGAUGUUGCUACAGCUGGGCCUGUAGAUCCUGUUCUACACUGAUAGGUUACUAAGGCUGCUCCCUAGGUGCUCCCAUAAAUGCUGGAUUGGUGAUCAAUCUAGAGAUCUGUCAGAACAAGGAAAUGCUGCACCGUAGUGGAAACAUUCCUGGCAAACUCUUGCUGUGUGUGGGUGAGCAUUAUCCUGCUGAAAAAAAAAGUCCUGCCAUGUGAGAUAACACAUGUAUCUGCUGAACCCCUAGUAUCACUACUAGGGGUGACCUACUGUUGCAUGCUAUGUUCCCCGGAUCAUCAAUCGCACCAGAAGUUGGAGCAGAGUGUCGAUCCACAGCAAAGGCAGCAUUGAUUUAGCUGUCAGAUCCUAAACAGAACCUGAAUUUGUCAAUAAAAACAAUCAAAUAUGAUUUUAGUCUGUAGCAGCCCAGGUUUUCUUAUUUAUGACAUCCCUGCAAACAAGGCUGAAGGUGGCUGUCUGAUGUAGAUUGUGGGCAAUUUGUCCUCAUUAUAAUAAUAGCAAAUAAUGAAAUAUUACAGUGCGUCAUCGAUUCUGUUUUUUUGGUCUGUUUUCUGUUUUAUUUUAUUUUUUAACUCUUGAGCUUGUAGCCUUAUCUCAACCUGGAUGUGAACUGGACGUGGGACGUCCUGAGAUUAUAUGUAGCGUUCGUUUGCAUAUAUAAACAUUUUACAAAAUAAAGGGCUUUCACACUUUUCCUUAUAGCUGUAACAUACGUUAUAGUAAUAUCUAUGUAUACAUCCUAUUUGAUGGCUGAUGUCAGUGCACCACCAUGAAGCAUUUCACCAAUUUAGAAGUUUCCAGAAUGUUUUUUUUUUCUUCAGUUUAGCUAAGCCAAAUAACCUGCCCACUCAUUGGAACUCUCCCUAUGACUCCAGAACAUGCCUCCUUUCAUACAUGUGAAGUCAGACUAUGCCUCUUUUUUAACUUCCACCAAUUAGUGCAGCAUAACUAGGCAGCCAAUGCUUGGAAGAGCCAGUGAGAACCAUUGACCAUUAGGGAGGGGAUGAGCACUCCUGUUGAAUUGAUUUUCUGUUAAUAUUAAAGCGUAAAUGAAAAUAGUUACCAAUAUUAAUAUGGCCCUAUAUGCACCCAUCAUUAAAAACUAGUUGUUCCCAGAAGGAAUAACCAACAGGAAUAAAACCCCUUUGAUUAGUUGUGCCAGACUGUCGGGGAAUAACUCAGAAUAACUUCAUAUCAUUUUCAGUGAAAAGGCCUUUCUUUUUCUUGAUGUAGACAACAAACGAAUCUGGUUUGUUGUCACACAUCACAUGUUCAGAAGGCAUGUUGUCAUGGUGUGGGGUUUAAUUUAGUUUAAUAUGUAACUUGCAGCCAGUGGCCCUACCUUUACUGAACACGGUGCACUAAUCCAACAGGACAAUGCUCGUCCACACACUGCUGCCAUACCAAGAGCUUACUUUGAUUAUACAGCUGCAUCUCCAGAGCUAUCUCUGAUAGAAAAUGUUUGGGGUGUUAUUGGACACUGCACUCAACGAUCCACCCCUACCGCACAAUCCGCAGGAACUGUGUGAGAAUGUUGUAGGUGCAUGGGAUGAAUUGAGAAUCUCUACAAAUCCAUCCUCUGGCAUGUUGCAGUGUUACACACUAUGUCUGAAUGUGUAGCUCAGUAAAUAUUACUCAUCUCAGUCCACAAUUAUAAUCAUUUAUUGACCCUGGUAACUUUUAUCUUCCUUCUGAAUAGCAUUAAAAUCCAACACUUUCUUCUGGGGGCAUCUGUUUUUGCAAUUGUUUCUUUAAGGAUGAGCAUAUUUUGUUCAGCUCAAAUAAGCUUUAAAAUAAGUUAAAACUUUGAGAAAAUAAGAGUAUAUGAGUGUAUAUUAAAAGCUGACAUGUUUAGAAAUUUAUGUUUGCAGUGAAAAAGGAGAAAGCAUAUAAACGCAUGUAAAAUUUCCUGUAUUGCCUGUUGGGUUGAGUUUGCUUGUUCUGUGAUGAGUUUAGCUAAAUGAACUGAAUUUGCAACUCAAAGCUAAGCAUUUUGGGGAGAAAUCAAUCAUUCCAGGCUGCUGCAUGUCUGAAAAUGAUUUAAUAAGACCUGUUUAUAAUAAUGUUUUAUGAGCAUUGCAUAAAUAAGUUAUGGGGUUCUGUGUGAAUGUAGCCUGUUUGUUCAUUUGUUUGACUAUGAAACUUUUGAAAUGUGGCUGUGUACAAUCAGUGCCCUCAUACUGAAAUUUAACAAAUGUGGGAAAGAAAAUGUGUUGAUGGAAAAAGUAAUGUUGGUAAUGUUUUCUUGUGUAAUUGUAAUGUAAAGUAAAAUAAAGAAACAAAACUUGAUGGA